AUGCUGGGUGCAUCCAGUGAUGCCGGCGAUGAACGUCUGCUACAUAAUCAUCAUGGUGGUGGGCACGUAGCAGUAUGCGAUACAGGCGCCAUGCCCACCAUAUCUCCACCACCACUGUGGCUAUGUGGCAGACGUUCAUCGCCAGCAUCACUGGAUGCGUGCACGGACAUAGGUGGCUCGAUAAGUAUCAAUGGAGAACUGCGGGAGUUGCACGAGUUCACGAAGAUGUCGUGUUAUAUCAUGCAAAACGAUAUCGUACAACCAAAUCUUACAGUUUUCGAGGCAAUGUCCUUUGCCGCAGACUUUAAGCUCGGCAAAGGAAAAUCUAAAUCACAGAAACGCGCCGUUAUAGAUGAAAUUCUAAGUACUCUUAGAUUAACGGAAACACGAAAUACGGUUACAGACAGGCUCUCAGGUGGUGAAAUAAAGAGACUAUCAAUCGCACUCGAGCUCGUAAAUAAUCCACCUGUUAUUUUCCUCGACGAACCGACCACCGGACUGGACGAGUUAUCUUCCGCCAAGUGCAUUGAUAUUCUCAAAAGAUUGGCGCAUUUAGGAAGGACUGUCGUGUGCUCGAUGCACACACCCAGCGCGAGUACAUUUAAUAAAUUUGAUCACAUUUACGUCCUGACGGACGGGCAAUGCGUUUACAGGGACAGCACGAGUAACUUAGUGCCAUUCUUGCAAAACAUAGGCCUAGAAUGCCCAAAAUAUUACAAUCCGGCGGACUUUAGUAAGUUAAACGCAUAA